AUGAGAAAAUUUGUACUCGAUUAUGAUGGGAAACGUGAUGAGCCAAGAAGAAAGUACCUUAAAGAACGUCAGCUUAACAAGCUUAAAGAGAAAAACAAUAAUCAUAAUGGCGAUGGUGAGGUUAGUGAUGAGGAGGAUGAUGAAUAUGACUUGAAGGUUGAUGAGAGCAAGCACAUGGAUUUUGCGAAGGCAGAAAAACGUGUGCACACUACAGGAGGUGGAAGCAAAGGAACUAAUUUGCGUAUCCGAGAGGACACAGCAAAAUAUCUUUUGAAUCUGGAUGUUAAUUCAGCACAUUACGACCCAAAUGCGCGAUCCAUGCGAGAGGAUCCUUUACCGGAUAGUGAUCCAAAUGAAAAGUUCUAUGGAGGUGAUAACCGAUACAGAGUCAGUGGGCAAGCAUUGGAGUUUAAGCAACUUAACAUGCAUUCCUUGGAGGCUUUUGAAAAAGGACAAGAUAUUCAUAUGCAAGCCGCUCCAUCUCAGGCUGAGUUGCUCUGCAAAGAAUUUAAGAUCAAAAAAGAAGAAUUGAAGUCUCAAGUGAAAGAUACCAUUACGGACAAGUAUGGAAAUGCUGCCUCUCAGGAAGAACUUCCUAGGGAACUUCUCUUAGGUCAAAGUGAGAGAGAGGUUGAAUAUGAUGGUGCCGGAAGGAUUAUAAAGGGACAGGUCACUGCUGAGGAUAUGGAAGCUUACAGGAUGAAGAGACUUCACCACGACGAUCCCAUGAAAGAUUUUUUGCACUUAUUAAAGGCUAGCUGA